AGAGGAUCUGUUAACAUUAGCAAAAACAGAAAAAAAACCAGACCAGAAAACCAGCAUUAAUAAAGGCACACCAGGGAACUGAAAUAGCCUUCUGCUUACAUGUAUCAUGCUGACAGGGCAUGCUGUAGUGAACCAUAGUAUCAGAUAGCUUACCUUUUUUUCAGAGGUCAGGGAGAGGAUUUCAAUGAAGAUUGUUGCUGGAAUAUUAUUAGUGUCGGCGUUGUGAGGCCACCUCAGAUCCAGUAGCAAUUAAAAGAAAACUGAACUAAGGCAAAGUGAACUGUUGAAAUAAAAAAGAGCUGAAGAUGGAGCAAGGAGAAAAGAGUCUGACAGCGAAGGACAAGGGUCUCAUCAGGGACAGCUGGGAGAGACUGGGGAAGAACAAACUCCCACACGGGACCGUCAUGUUUGCCAGAUUGUUCGAGCUGGACCCAGAGCUGUUGAAGCUCUUUCACUACAACACUGCCUUCACUAGUGCGCAGGAGUGCCUCUCCAGCCCAGAAUUCAUUGAUCACAUCAGUAAGGUGAUGCUGGUGAUAGAUGCUGCGGUUAGUCAUCUUGACGACUUGCAGUCCCUGGCCGAAUACCUUGUGAACUUGGGCCGGAAGCACCAAGCUGUCGGGGUGAAAACCCAGUCAUUCAAUGCUGUUGGGGAGUCCCUGCUCUACAUGCUGGAACGCAGUCUGGGACCAGGGUACAGCACAGAGCUCCGAGACGCCUGGGUUACCCUCUAUGCCAUCGUGGUGAAGACAAUGAGCAGCGGCUGGACAGAAAACGGAGAGAAUAAGAGCGACUGAAGGGAGGAGAGCUGGACCGCUGCUUUCCAUGUACACAUUGAGCUCUGUGUCCCAAGGGGGGAGGGGUUGUCUAUGUCGCUGUACUCGGCUCGCUGUGUUAUCAGGGCUCUUGCAUUGGCUGUGCAUGAGAGAGAAGGAAGGGGGAUAUUAGGAAUUGUUUAACUUUGUUUAAUUAUUUUCUCAGCAAAAGCUAAUGCUGCAGGGAAAGGAUAUGCGCAGCGCUCAUAGUCAGAGCAGCCACAUUUUGACGAGGGAGUGUUGCUGGGAAGCCCUCAUUAUGGUUUUAAUUUGUUUGUAUACAAGAGGCCAGCCUGUAUCUAAUAGCUUGGUCAAUGCUAGGUGAACAAACUUUAAUGCUGUUCUUAACAGACCAGCGAUCCCACUUCAUGGGGCUGGGAUUGUGGCAUACACUUUAUAUAAAUAGCUUUUAACAGUUUAAGAAUUUAAUGUUAGAGCUGCAGAUAGUGGAAAUAUGAUCAGUAAUUGCGAACUGUGUUGCACAGCUGAUACAGAGUUCAAAAUGAGACUAGGUUAUACCAGACUGUUAUAAAAAAAAAAAAAGAAUUGCAACUUAAAGCUUUUUUACUCUUGUCUUUAUUAUUUAGAGUAGGCUGUGUUCAACAACCUCAUUUUUGAACACUGAGGAUUGAAAAUGCGUAUCUCAGUUUGUUGUGCGUAGAGAAUUGGUAAUAGCAUGCCAUUCCUUUUUUCCUCUGUAUCUCAGCUUGCAUGAGGGUGCAGCUCCAGUAUCUGCAUGGUUGUCUCGUGUUAAUGAUGGCACAAUGCAGAGCUGUGUGGAACAGUCACACAGUAACCCCUUCUCUGUGCAGUGUGCUGCAUUUUCUCCAGCACAAUGCUGAUUAUUCUCUUGUUAAAGAUUCAGUUUUGUUAAAUUAACCACUUGUGUUAAAGGCACUACAUUUAUAGCAUAGCAUAACACCCAAAUUCCUGCCUUUCUCUGCCCUACAGCUAUGGACAACAGUUUUGUAUCAUACUGUAGAAUUAACUCAUUUUGCUUCAUAAAGUCAAAUUAAUAACAUUAUAUUUAACAUAUUGAAUUGCA